GGAAAGACAAAGAAAGGGGUGCGGCAAGUGGCAGGCGCCCGAGGGAGGAGAGUGACCUCAGCUCCGGAGAAGCAUCUGCUCGGCGGCAGAGCGAGGGCGGACGGCACUGGAGGAGCCCCUUCUCUCCCUCUCCCCGUCUGAGCUUCGGCUCUCUGCAGCGCCGUGGCCGGCUGGGGGCUGUCCUGGGCGUAAAUUAGAGCUCUGGGCUCUGGGCUCCCACAGGGACCAUUCGCUGCCACAGACCAGCCGCCAGCCCUCCCGCCACUCCUGCUGGGUGAGUAGGUCAUGGGAGCCCCAAGUCACGCCACCACCUGGGGCAGGGCCCUCUGGGCUGUCCUUCUGACCACACUUGGCUCUGUGGCCAGCCAGCCGCUGGGGGGAGAGUCUGUCUGCACAGCCCGGCCCCUGGCCAAGUACAGCAUCACCUUCACGGGCAAGUGGAGCCAGACAGCAUUCCCCAAGCAGUACCCCCUGUUUCGGCCCCCCGCACAGUGGUCCUCCCUGCUGGGGGCCGCGCACAGCUCCGACUACAGCUUGUGGAGGAAGAACCAGUACGUCAGCGACGGGCUCAGGGACUUUGCGGAGCGGGGCGAGGCCUGGGCCCUGAUGCGGGAGAUGGAGGCGGCGGGAGAGAAGCUGCAGAGCGUGCACGAGGUGUUCUCGGCGCCCGCCGUGCCCAGCGGCACCGGACAGACGUCCGCGGAGCUGGAGGCCCACUCGCGACACUCGCUGGUGUCCUUCGUGGUCCGCAUCGUUCCCAGCCCGGACUGGUUUGUGGGCGUGGACAGUCUGGACCUAUGCGACGGGGACCGCUGGAGGGAGCAGGUUGCUGUGGACCUUUACCCGUACGACGCGGGGACCGACAGCGGCUUUACCUUCUCCUCCCCCAACUUCGCGACCAUCCCGCAGGACACGGUGACGGAGAUAACCUCCUCCUCUCCCAGCCACCCUGCAAACUCCUUCUACUACCCCCGGCUGAAGUCCCUGCCCCCAAUCGCCAGAGUGACCUUGGUGCGACUCCGGCAUAACCCCAGGGCCUUCGUCCCGCCCGCCCCAGGCCCCGUGGGCGUUGGCGGGAGCAAUGAGAUCGUGGACAGCGUCUCAGUUGCAGAAACGCCGCUGGACUGCGAGGUCUCCCUGUGGUCAUCCUGGGGGCUGUGUGCAGGUCCAUGUGGGAAGCUGGGAGCCAAGAGCAGGACUCGCUACAUCCGCAUGCAGCCUGCCAACCACGGGGCACCCUGCCCCGAGCUCGAAGAGGAGGCCGAGUGCGUCCCCGACAACUGUGUCUGAGACCAGAGCCCUGCAGGCCCUCCACCCCUCGUGGUGGCUGAGCCUGGUGGUUCAGUGGACCACGUGGG